CUAUAAAUAAUGUAAAUUAUCAUGUUUUUUCUAUCCAAGAAGAAGGAAUUUCAAGAAACUGACUCCUAAGACAUUUCUGACAAUAGCAACAUGGCCGUGAAUUCUAAUGUUCGGCCAACUUCCAUGUCCUCAAGCAUGGGAAUGCAUUCAUCAUCGACUGAACCAGAAGUUUCAGUUGAAGAUAAGAGUACCAAGUCCAACAAACUGCAAGAGAAAUCACAACAAACUGAAUUGAAAGAUAAAUUGAGGGAUUUUCAUAUGCUCUUAGAGAAUAUCUCUAAAUCUCUUGAUAAAAUGGAAAAAGUAUUCAAGUCUGCCUCUUCCUCUUCUAAUGCCACAACAGAGUCCCUUGCAGAUAUUAAAUCUUUCUUCAAUAUGUCGGUUGAUGUUGUUCUUUUGAAUGAGGCUCUCUUAUCCAAGUUCAAGAAAGCUGCUGAACGCUUGGUUGACAAAACCAGUAUCCUUGGACAGGACAAGUGUGACCGUUUAAAGAAAUUCAAUAAUGAGAUCGAUAGGGAAGUUAAUCGUUUAAGCACUGCAGUUGAAAGAGAAAAAAAGAGAGCUGAACUUGAAAGAGCACGAGGUUUAUAUGUUGACACUCUAAACACUUACAAGACUGCAUUUCAACCCUGUCGAGAUGAGAUGGGAGCGAUGGUUUCCAAACAUGAAGAACUGGAGAAAAAUCUUCGAGAUUAUGAAGUGCUGAUGAUUCAGAAGAUGCCCCUUUUCAAAAAAGUGUAUUCUCAACAAAAAAGUAGCAUUGAGACAGAUAUCAGUGGUUUUCAAGAGAAUGAAGAGCUUUUACAAAAAGAAAGCCAAGAAAUUGACAAACUUCGUAAAGAGCCUUCACUUGAUUGGAGUGGUCUGAUUAAUGCAUUUUAUAAUUAACUUUUCACGCUUUGUUUUCAGCUUAUCACUUUUAUAACUAUUUUCUUAAUUACUAUUGAAAGACCUCUGCUACUAUUAUUCUUAAAAUAUUAGUUGGCUUGUAUAAUAAGUU